AUGGAUGAUGCACAUGGAACUUUCACAAAGUUGUCGAGCAAGUACGAGAAAGAAAUUAGGAAAAUGAGCAUGGAUUUGAGGAACUUGAAGGUAUCUCCUUCAAACCAGACAGUAUUUUCUGUCAGCAACGAAAGGUCAACGUUUGUCGUCGAUAUUGAGCAACGAACAUGCACUUGCAGGAUUCUACAAGUUGAUUUGUUACCGUGUCCACACGCUUUGGCUGUAAUUGCAAACACAAGAAAAUAUCCAUAUGAUUAUUGUUCCUAUUAUUACACAAGAGAUACGUACUUGAAUGCACACCAAGAUUCUGUAUAUCCCAUUGGAAAUCAAGAGGAAUGGAUAGUGCCAAAAGAAGUAUAG